UAAAUUACCGGUAAAAAACGCGUCAAUGACCAAGCCUGUUUUACCAUACCGGUCAGAAAAAUGCUGAUCUCUGAUUGGUUAAUACAUGUCCAAUCACAGUUUAGAAUUCCCAACGGCAUACAACUGUUUAUUUGUUCUAUCAGAUAAGGAUUUUCAUUGAGAACUUGGUGCAAUGGGGGAGAACAAAUCAAUAUAUAAACAUUUCUCUGCAUUACCUCUGCAACCUAACCCAACCUAACUAUACUUGUUUAGAAAAUCGUAAAACUAUGGCUCUACGGCCCAUACAUUAUGCAGCUAACUUACUUGAUCCUCAAUUAAAAGGAAAAAAUUUAAAUAGGUCAGAAAUGGUUGAAGCUCAUCAAUUAAUUAUAAAUCUUGGUGAUAAAUUAAAUCUAAAUAGUGAUAAGGUAUUAAAAGAUUUAACAGAUUAUGUGUCAGAAUCAAGUAUGUGGAGUUACGACUACGUUAAGCGAGCAAGUAUAAUCACUUCAGCAUGUCAAUGGUGGCAAAGUAUUUGCCAAAAAUCUUCGUUGAGCAAAAUAGCUGUGGCUAUAUUGACUUUACCUGCAACAUCAGCUGCAACCGAGCGUUCCUUUAGUACACAAGGAUGGAUUCAUUCAUCUAAAAGAAAUAAGUUAAGUAUCGAUAGAGCUGGAAAAAUAACAUACAUUGCAAGAAAUUUAAAAUUACUUAAUCCUUCACCAAAAAAUACAGAAGAAGAAUGGGAAGAAGAUGAGGAAAGUAAUAAAGGAGAGGAUGAAAUAAGUGAAAUUUGUGCUGAGCAUGAAGAAGUUGAAUUUUUAGAAGAAGAAUUUACUCAAGACUAAUUAGUGAUGUUGAUGGAAUUGAAUCAGUAUUAGACUUGUUAUUUCCUAAUGAAAUAUGUCAAUUAUUA